GUGCGUGAGUGUGCGUGAGUGUAGACGGGCGCAACAGCAAUUACUGGCAGUCUUGUGACUUGAGUUUUUCAAGCAAAUUCUCCAGUCCCGUUAUGAUGCGCGUCUCUAUAGCGAGUCUGUGGAAGUGAAACUGUUUUUGCACAGUUGUUCUGUAUUUGUUCGCCUAUAAAACAACAAGAAAACCGACAUUUUGAGACACUCCCGAAAAGAACAAAACCUUCCACUGAACGACUGAGGCAACGAGAAGAACGAAAAAGGUCCGGUUUCUGUGCAACUUGCCACCCUGUAUAGGCAAAGUUUAUGGCGCCCCUAGGCCAAUCAGAAGACUCUUUUGAAGAGGGUUUAUACGUUGUCGUAGCUGCUGUGGUGAUUUUAGUGGCAGUAAUCCUCUGUUCUGCUUGUCGUUCAGACCGAGAUACCAAGAGACUGAUAAGAGAUGAUUUUGAACUUCAACAGGACCAGAACAGCGAGAAUAAGAGACUAGGAAAAGAAAAGGAGGAUCUUCAGAAGCAAAAUGAAAGCGAGAAAGAGAGACUAGUAAAAGAAAAGGAGGAUCUUCAGAAGCAAAAUGAGACUUUAAAACAGGAGAAAGAGAAGGUUGAAGCAGAUCUUAAAGACCUUCAAAGGAAUACCAACACGUGUGGCUAUGCCCUUGGCAGAGCAUGGGAAAAAAUGACUAAAGCUCGUGUCAAUAUGACUCUAGACCCUGACACAGCCAGCCCCAGCCUCACAGUCUCUGAAGACGGCUCACAAGUGAGAUUCACAGGGGAGAGAUAAGCAGAGUGGCCCAGUGUGCUGGGCAGGGAGGGGUUCACCUCAGGGAGUCACUACUGGGAGGUGGAGGUGGGGGAGAAGGGCUACUGGGUCCUGGGAGUCUCCACACACCCUCAUGAGAAGAGCAUACCUGAGAAACCAGGGGAGGGCUACUGGCUUGUGAGGCUGGUUAGAGGGAAGACCUGUACAGCUGUGAGCCAGUCAGGGGAAAAGAUCUUAACAUUGGAGAAGAUCUGCAAGGUGUGGGGUGUGUAUCUGGAUCACGAGGGAGGGAGGCUGUCAUUUUGCAAUGCAUUGACCAGAUUUCACAUCCAUACUUUAGAAGGCCCAUUCCCUGGGCAGGUCUACCCCAUUUUCAGCCCAGGGUCACACGAUAAAGGACCCUUGAUAAUCCAGUGAGUCCAGCACACAGCAGCCAACUUAAUAUAGACACCACUGUGUUGGGUUGCUGCUGUAUUUCUGUACAGGAUUUCUAUUAAUGUUAUACAGUGUGGUCCCGCCAGCAUUGCCCUGUGUACAGCACAGCACAGCGAGGCUCUGCCCAGCACACAGCAGGCAAUGCCAGCACACUAGAUUACUACUUUAUAUAGACACCACUGUGUUUGGUAGCUGCUGUAGUUCUGUCCAGGGUUUUAUAUUAGUGUUAUACAGUGUGGUCCUGCCAGCAUUGCCCUCUGUAUCAGUGUGAGACCCUGUUAAACUACACCAACUAUAUUAUGAUAAUGAAUGUGAGUGACAAGCGUAUAUCUUUCAUUGUCAGGAUUUAAGGAAUGUGCUCAUGUAGUUUGAUUUUUUAUUAUUUUAUUUUUUUAUUAACUAUUGAUACAAAUUAAAAAAAACAUAUUGAGGGAUUUAUAUCAGUAUUAUUAGUAGUUAAAUACAAAUAUAAUAAAAAAAGAAGAUUUGCUAAUAAA